AUGAAUAAACCACAAACACAUACUGCUGCACCACCAUUACCACCAGGUAAAAAAGAUGCAUUAUUGAAUAAGGUUACAUGUCCUGUUUGUAAGGAUCCAGACCCUGAUGUAGUUGAAGAUUAUGCACGUGGAGAUUUGAUUUGUAGAAGAUGUGGAUGUGUCAUUGGUGAUCGUAUCGUAGAUGAACAUUCGGAAUGGCGUACAUUCUCCAACAGCGAAAGCACUGGAGCUGACCCUAACCGUGUCGGUGGGCCAAACAACCCGCUGUUGCGUGAGGGUGGUCUCUCGACCGUCAUUGGCAAGGGCACGGGCAAGGACGCUUCAGUGCUGUCUCGUAUGCAAAACAGAGGUGCGUUGGGAAGUGGCGAUCGUUCGUUGUUGGCUGCUUUCAAAGAGAUUGAAAAGAUGUCUGAUCACAUUGGUCUACCCCAAACCGUCCAAGACACGGCCAAGGAGUUGUUUAGACAAAUGGACGAUAGAAAGCCAAUGAAGGGCAAGUCGGCCGAUGGCAUGUUGGCCGCCUCCCUCUACAUGGCCUGUCGUAUCGAUGGUAUUGCACGUACAUUCAAAGAAGUGUGUGCGCUCUCCAACAACGUCUCUAAAAAGGAGCUUGCCAAAUGCUACAAACAAAUGAGAGAAGCAUUGGGUGACGUGCACAGCUUGCAUGCCAUCUCGACAGACGAUUUCAUGACUAGAUUCUGUUCGAAUCUUUCUCUUCCAAACGAUGUUAAAAAGGCUGCUGAUCACGUCUCUCGUACAGCCAUUGAUUUGGGCAUCGUCGCCGGUAAAAACCCACUCUCUGUCACUGCUGCAGCCAUCUACCUCGUCUCUCAACUCUCGGCCGACAAAAGAACACAAAAGGCCAUAUCCGAUGUCAGUGGUGUGUCAGAGGUUACCAUCAGAAACGUUUACAAGGAUUUAUACUCUAAAAGAGAUUCACUCUUACCUCCCAAUUCACCAUUCCUUCAAAAUGUUUCUGAUUUACCUUCAACAUAA